AUGUCUCAGACCGUCGGUCUCACCCGCCUCGCCUACUCACGGACAUGGCACCACAUCUCGGCGACGAAACCGCACGCGACGCUAUCCACCAAGACGGGUGAGGACGUGACCCCCCCGUCGCUAGGCCGCCUGGCCUCACGCAUCGCCAUCAUCCUGAUGGGCAAGCACAAGCCCAUAUUCGACCCUUCGACCGAUUGCGGCGACUACGUGGUGGUGACGGACGCGGCGGCGCUCAACGUGACGGGCCGCAAGUUCUGGCAGAAGAAGUACCACCGCCACUCGACCCGCCCCGGAUCCCUCAAGACCCUGGCCAUGGACGAGCUGGUCGAGAGGCACGGAGGCGCCGAGGUCCUGCGCAAGGCCGUCAGCGGCAUGCUGCCUAAGAACAGGCUGAGGGACCCGAGGUUGGCGCGCCUCAAGGUCUUCGAGGGCGACGCCCACCCCUACAAGAAGAACCUUGUGAGGUUCGGGGGCAGAGUCGUCGGUGAGCCUGGCUGGGAUAAGGCUGUUGCUUCGUUGAGGGCUACAGAUAAGAAGAGGGUAUAG